UUGUGGGGUGGGGGAGGGAACCGGAGAGACCAGUCACAUUGUUGGGGACGAUGACGAUCUGACUCAAAAAGCAAGGGAGGCGGGCCCUCCCCCUGUUCGCCAGAACAAGCCGAAGCCGUGUGGGUUUCUGCAACUCUUUAUAUGUCUUCCUUUUCCUUUCAUCGUCUCCCCAAAUACCCUAAAAAAGAAUCCUGCUUUUCUUUUCCCCUUUCAACACAAUACGUUUCCUUGUCCCUUCUCGCUUCUUCCCGGAAAGAACAGGACGACCAAGUGCCUCUUAUUAGUUCUCGUCCCCGGCUUCAGCAUUGGAGUUCCAAGUAUGAUGAAUCAUGAAGCGAUACAGGCGAGCCAUGGGAAAGAGGGUGAGGAUUUCAGGCUUAGGGGUGGUCUGAGCUUUCUUCAUCCUGAUGGGCUUUCGUACGUUUGCUCUUCUUUCUCCCCUCCUCCAGGUGUGACUAGACUUCGUCACUCUCUGUUUGAUCAUGGCCACCCUCCGUUCUCCUCUCUAUCCUUAAACCCAAGCCCCCUUCCUCAUGAUCUUCCUGCUGCUCCUCUUCACGCGUUCGCCACAUCCGGUUCUUCUUCUGGAGAGAGCCAUUGUCAGAGCGGGACAGCGUUUCAGCUGGUUUCCGACCCACUUCAUAGGAGGGCCGCAUGGAGUAUGGAGUCUAGGGAUGCUGGUGGCAGUGGCGCUACAAGUUUCAAGAGCGGCGCCGGCUACCAGGAGACUGCGGCUCCUUUCAUGGCGGCCGCUGAUGCUGUUGGCGGCGGAGGAGGUAACUGUGCUGAGGAGAACGAGAACAGUAUUGUCAAUGGGGGAAGGUGCUCCAGUGACGAGGAUCCGGCCGAGAAUUGCAUGGGGAGGGAGGUUGACGGUGGGCAUUCUAAGCUCUGCGCUCGGGGCCAUUGGAGGCCCGCUGAAGAUGCAAAACUCAAGGAGCUUGUUGCUCAGUACGGCCCUCAAAACUGGAACCUGAUCGCGGAAAAACUCGUUGGGAGAUCCGGUAAGAGUUGCAGACUUAGAUGGUUUAAUCAGUUGGACCCAAGAAUAAACAGAAAUGCUUUUACUGAAGAAGAAGAAGAGAAGCUCCUUGCUGCCCACAGACUAUACGGGAAUAAAUGGGCGAUGAUCGCCAGACUUUUCCCUGGCAGGACAGAUAACGCUGUGAAGAACCACUGGCAUGUUAUUAUGGCAAGGAAGCACAGGGACCAAUCCAGUAACUUGAGGAGAAGGAAAUCUUCAAACAACCAUCAGUACAGGAAGACGGAUACGAACAAUGCUUGCAGCGAGUCGACCGUCACCAACACCAGAGAAGAGUCCCCAUCUUCCUGCACGGGCCUCGCUCUCAAUUCUUCAGCUACCAGAUUCCUCCCCGCCUUCUACUCCACUUUGAGUUCCACUGCAUGUUAUGUUCAGAACCAGCUGAACCAAAUACAGGAUCAACAUCUUGAAUAUGCCGCAGGCCGUGAUAUUAGGGAGUUGGAUGACUCUAUUGCUACCGGCCAUCGUCACGUACAGAUGAUGACGGUGGUGGUGGGUUCAAAUUCAGAAAUUUCACAGGCAGAGUCACUAGCUAAGAGGACUAUUUGGCAUUACGGGGAGGUGAAUCAUGGCAGCGAGAAGAUGGACUUGCCCUUCAUCGAUUUCCUUGGAGUAGGAGCGACAUAGCCAUAGGGAGAGGGAAAGGGAAGAAAGUAGAGAUGCAUUCUGCCAAUUUUGAGUGUUAUCACUGAAGUGGGAGAAGAAGGGUAGGAAAUCAAACUACUUAAGGUGCAGAGAAAACGCAAGAUCCUGAACGGCGGGGCUGGGUGUAAGGUUUUAGCUUUGUUAGCCUCUGGCCAAAAGAAAAAAAAAAAGAUAAAGGAAGAGAAGCAAAAAAGAGAAAGAAAAGUCGCUUUCCGCGUUUCUGAUU